CGAGGCCUCUCCACUUGGUCUCGAAUGUCCAUAGCUCGCCCUAUGGCUGCGCAUACCUCUACGAUGUUGCUUUGGUUGUACAAUAACAUUAUAUUCGCCCCUAUAUUCAGUCAUCCUCUCGCCCUCAUCCCAGACAGCCACUUCGAAUCCCUUCGCCUACCCCAACAAACACCAUGCGCACCACCACAAUUUUCUCGCCGGCCCUGCUCGCAGCAACAUCCCUGGCACAAACACCAAAGGGGAGCUGGCCAGCAACGCAAAUCAAUUUAGGCGCCUCGUUCGAGAACGAAACUGUGACCCCUGGUCUCUGGAUCAAUCCCGACGAUGUGACAUCCGCACCAUCCAUCUACCCCAGCAACAUCAAGCAUGCCUACCCAGGAACCUACAUGAUCUUAAUGCUUGACCUCAACAUCCCGGACUCCGACGUCACCACAGCAGACAAGUACUCCACCCUUGUCCCUGGGCUGGCAGCCAAUACCACCACUCGUCUGCACUGGUGGGGUGGGAACUACACCUUGGAAGGUCGAACAUUCGUCAACGCAAGCGAUGCCCUAGCACCGUAUACCGCCCCGCGACCCAGGGACAGCACUCAGCAUGCAUACACAAUCUACCUCUUCAACCAGCCAAAGGGUUAUGUUCCGCCUGCUGCGGCUGCCGAAGGACUGUACUAUGAUCAGACCACGGAUGCACGGUUCAAUUUCAGCUUGGCUCCUGUUGUGAGGGCGGUGGGUUGGCCGGUGGCAGCGACGUACUUUGUUAGUUCGGCGACGGAUUGAAGAGAAUGAGGUAUGAUUGUAGUGGGUUCGGUUGAGGUGGUAGUUGUUCGGCAAGACUGGCAGGUGGCAAGGGUUGGGUAGCGGUGCCAGUUUGUAAGAGCCAGAGUCCUCAGCAACCACUCACUUUAUCUAUCAUGAG